AUGGGCUUCCGUAGUUUGAAACGGAAAAGGGAGGAGAUUGAGGCUGUUGCGCGAGGUUACUCGACUCGAGCAACGCGAGCGACUCGAGCAGCGCGCAUUGUUUGCGGAGAGCGCGCGCUGCUUUCCAUCAAAAGGCCCGAAUGCAAUGUGGUUCGAAUCAGCCAUGCGACGCAUCCGAUGAAUUGCUUCUUGCAGGAUCAGGCAGGAGGGGCGCAUGCAAUGCGGUAUCGAGGGACAUUGUGCGAAAAGAAACAACAAGAUCUUGACCAGUGGCCGUCGCGCAUUGCCAUCUUCUCGCCCAAAGCCAGUGUAGAGGGCGUGAUAGGCAGCCAAAAGAAAAGGAGGGCCGUAUCGCAGUUUCCAAUGGGGUGGGCGUAA